AUGUAUAGAUAUGGUGUUGAAUGUCUAUUUCAAUUUUAUACAUAUGGUCUAGAAAAACAUUUUCGUCAACAUGUAUUUGAAGAUUUUCAACAAGAAACUCUUUGUGAUCAUGAAGCUGGUCAAUUGUAUGGUUUAGAAAACUUCUGGGCAUUUUUAAAAUAUUCUCGACAAAAACCAAAAAUUAAUUCAAAACUUGAAGAAAUUUAA